AUGACAAAGAUGUUUGCUGUGAUUCUAGCUCUAGCAUUGGGGGCAGCAGUGGCAAACUUCGCCCAAGCCCAAGAUGGUUCGUGCUCUUCUUCGAAGCCAUGCCCACCGGGAUACUGUUGUAGCAAAUGGAACUACUGCGGCCAAGGCUCGGAAUACUGCGGCAAUACUCCACCGGCACCACCAUACGGAGGAACACCGCCUCCUCAUCCAUCGCCAUCGCAUCCAUCUCCGCCCCAUCACCCAAGUCCGCCGAGCCCCCCAUCUCCAUCCCACCCGGGCGGGAAAGGCAAGAUCGCGGCUUACUGGGGACAGAAUGGAAAUGAAGGUCCUCUGGACAAGGUUUGCGCGAGCGACAACUACGAGAUCAUCCUCCUCUCCUUCCUCAACGAGUUCGGCAACUUCCAGCGCCCGAUGCUCAAUCUCGCCGGCCACUGCGAUCCAUACUCCCACGGCUGCACUGUUCUAAGCGGUCAAAUCAAGUCGUGCCAGUCAAGCGGGGUCAAAGUCUUGCUGUCGCUCGGCGGUGGCGACUCUCCCGGGAGAUUGGUGAGCGAUGCCGACGCCGCCGAUCUCGCCAAGCGAUUGUGGGCGAGCUUCCUCGGCGGGGAUUCCUCGGACAGGCCCUUGGGCGACGCUGUUCUUGACGGGAUCGAUCUGGACGUGGAGUCGGGCGCCACCCCAGAGUUAUACGCCGGGCUCGUUCGCCACCUUCGCAGCAUUGCCGGGAGCUCCAAGGUUUUGGUGUCUGCCGCGCCGCAGUGCCCCUUCCCGGAUGCAAAUCUCGGCUCCGCGGUGCAAACUCCUGGAUUGUUUGAUUUCAUCUUCGUGCAGUUCUACAACAAUCCCCCCUGCGCAUAUGUUGAUGGCGACGAUGGAAAGCUCCUGGAUUCUUGGAAGCAGUGGUCUUCGUCGAUUCCCAGCGCGAAGAUCUAUCUGGGAUUGCCGGCGUCUCCGAGCGCUGCCGGGUCCGGGUUUCUUCCGGCUCAUGUCGCGACGUCGAGCGUCUUGCCGGAGAUCAAGUCAUCUCACAACUAUGGUGGAGUGAUGCUUUGGUCGGUGUUUUACGAUCAGCAAGAGUCUUACAGCGAGUCCAUCCAGUCCAGUGUUUAA